ACAACGCUGGCAACUCAAAAAACUCACCGUAACCAUGACAACGCCACAAAACAACAAAAGACAGUUUACCAACACGCGUGACGUUUUCCAAAAUCACUUUUAACGUUUGAUUUUUAGAAAUAAAGUUAACAUGUCGACUCUCAGUGGUUAUGACGGCGACGCGGUCGGUUUUGACGCCGUGAAGUUGAGUAAACGCGAAGAAAUUAACUCUUCGACGCAAACUACUGAAUUUCAGGAAUCCGGAGUUGGUUCACAGACAAACGAGUGCAAGGAAACUGGGAGUUUAGCUACAGCUGAAGACUUAAACGCUCAAGAUGAGAUUUUAAAAGAAUAUCCACCUCCAGGCUUGAACGAAUUUCUAAAAAAAGUCGUGCCCAAAAUGUUGGAACAGCUAGAUCAAACUGAGAAUGAAUUGCCAUAUAAUUCUUCAGAUUCUGACGAGGAAGAAGUGUUGACAGCUACUCUCUUCCAGGAGAUUAAGCUGACAGAUUUGCCCGGCAUUGGGGGUGGUGAUGAAUCCCGUUGUGUCAUAGAUAUCUCUUGGAAUCGCGGUGGGACUUCCGUGGCAGUUUCUAUAGGCAAAAACCAGCAUGAAAGCUGGUGCGUUGACGAUGGUCUAAUCAGAAUUUUCACCAUGAAACGCACGGCGGGUGAUACUUUUGUAAGAAGCCUAGAUUUGGCUGAAAAGACUUGUGUUACUAAGCUGAAGUAUCAUCCUACUGAGGCAGCCUUACUUGCUUACGGCACAACUUCAGGCGAAGUUAUUCUAUGUAACUUGAGGAACUUAGAUGCGAUUUUGCUGACAUCCCCGGCCGGGGCUCAUGGGUCUACUCGAGUAAACUGGCUUUACUGGGCUGAUGCGACCUUAGCUAAUACAUUUCUGACCAUGCACAUUAUGAAUACUGGUAAACGACGUGGCGCAUCCGACCACAUCCUCAUUUCUGGGGGAUGCGAUGGUACCGUCAACGUUUGGAGGGUAAACGCUACCCAAAAGGUCUUUGAAAACGUUAUUUGCUACGCUAUAAACGGUUCUAGGAACAUGAAUGCGCCGAAUAUCACGUGUUUUGACUUCAUAAAGACUUAUCCGUUACGGCCAAGCGAUCAAAAAGUUCCAGAUGAUAUUUUCGUCGUUGGAGCCUCAUCAGGAAUGUUUUACCUUUGCAAAACGAAGACUUACCAGCCUGUAGGGACUACGAAGACGGUGGAUCCGGUAUAUGAGGUGUUCCAAGGUCAUAUGGCUUAUGUUAUCGAUGUCGCAUUCAGUUCUCAUAAGCCGGGGAUUUUCGUGUCCGCCUCCAUUGAUUCGGAGUUGAGGAUUUAUGAUAUUAAUCAACCUAAUCCUUUGAAGGUAAUAUGCCUCGAUUCACCCAUCUCCUGCGUCGCCUGGAUGUCGAAUAACCCGUGCGUGGUGCUCCUAGGGCUCGCCAAGCCUCAGGGUCAGCUGCUUCAAGUGUAUAGCUUGAACAGUGGCCGGGUGCUACCGGUCGAAGGGUUGACAGGCACCGGGGGUGCUGUCACUAAUAUUACGGUUAAUCAUUGUGGUAUUUGCCGCAUAGCAGCGGGUGAUGCGGACAGCAACCUGCACAUUUGGGAGCUCCCCUCUCGUCGCAUCUGGUUAACUCAGGAACACCUAGACUUUUAACUUUUUAACACCGAUUGUUUUCGUACGAUAAAACAUUUUCCAGCGAUUUACAGUUCCGAGUUCGUAAUUUGUUGGUACGAUCAGUUGUUACUAUAGACAAAACAAUUUAUUUCUUGUUUAUGGAAACUGGGCUAUAGUGUCUGAACACAUUACGAUAAAACUCAGCAUGACCUGCAAGCUCUGCUUGUCCGAAGUUAGCUACUAGUAACUCAACGAUAGGACUUCAAAGUUUGAAAUCGCCACGCCAAUUUUUCUCUCCCUCCCUGUCGUAUAUGGUGAUUAACGCUCAUUCCUUCGGCUGCCCACCAACGUCUGAUAAAUCGGUGACCGAUUUUUUGUAGGAGAAAAAUAGAGCUCACCCAAUAGUGCAACGCAUACGCCCAAAAAGUCGGUCAGAACGUCGUAUAUAAAAUCUGUCCUAUUUUAUCUGUCCUACUAAAAGUCGGAAGUGGAUUUGCAGCCUUCUCUGUAUGAGAAGAGGCCUCAGCACACAAAUGGGACGGUAAAAAGGCUGAUGAUGAUGAUUAUAUUGAAGUUCGUUUAUUGAUUU